AUGAAUAGAAAAGUAUACAAAAAGAAUAAAAAAGUUGUGAAGCUUCUCGCAAAGAUAGGAUACAGGGUCCCCUACCAAGUGAUCGUCGAGUGCGACUUUGUUGCCGAAAUGAACAAAAGCCUUCUGGGGCUAAGACAUGUAAACGACCUGUUCAGAUCUCAGCCAAAGCUCUUUGUAACAAAGUGUGUCUAUAAGAAGCUCAAGGAGAUAGGAAGGGAUCACAAGAAAGGAAUUGCAAGGUAUUUGGAGAUAUUGCAUUGCGACCAUAAGGAGGUAAGAGAGCCAUUGAGCUGUUUAAGAAGAGUCAUGAGGAAGUCGAACAAAAACCACUACAUUCUGGCCAGCAAUUGCCCGGAGAUAACCGAUCUCAUUGGAACAGAAAGGAAGAUUCCUGUGGUCACAUGCAGAAGAGGAACGCUAGUAAUAAGCGCAGACCUUCAAGGGAUCCCCAUGUACAGUGGAUUCAAGACAGAGGCAGAUGAGGAGGAGCUCAAUAGACUAGAAGCAUUGUUUUCAGAAGAAGCGAAGUCUCGGGAAGAAAAUACAGGCGUGAAUAGCGAACCAUUAAAUUAA